CUUUGCUUGGCAGAAGAUUACGUAUUUCCGCUUCCGGUUUCGAACUGGCUCGGGCGCUGGCGGGGGUCGGGCGGGCGCCGGGUCCUACGGAGUGAAGACUUAAUUUCAAGUCAUGGCAAAACAUCUGAAGUUCAUUGCCAGGACUGUGAUGGUGCAGGAAGGGAACGUGGAUGGUGCAUACAGGACCUUAAACAGAAUCCUCACCAUGGAUGGGCUCAUUGAGGACAUCAAGCGGCGCCGGUACUACGAGAAGCCCUGCCGCCGCCGACAGAGGGAAAGCUAUGAAACCUGCCGGAGGAUCUACAACAUGGAAAUGACUCGCAAGAUCAACUUCCUGAUGCGAAAGAAUCGGCCGGAUCCGUGGCAGGGCUGCUGAGGCCUGUGGGUAGUGGGCCCAGUAGGAGAACCUCUAUCCAGGCGCGUCUCCAAGUCUUUCUUUCUGCAGCCCUGUUUUCUCUUGCCAUUUCUCGCAAUAAAACUCAAUCACAUGUUUAUAAGAAGGCCUGUGUAUGUAGAAACAAUCCCACUGGUCAGCAAUGGUCCCUCUCUUUCAUUAAGUGAAAGAGAAACUGGAUCAAAAGUGGUCUAGGAGUAGAAUGGUGGUUGCCAAAGGCUGGCUGGGAGGGGGCAAUGAAGAAUUAUUGAUUAAUGGGGACAGAGUUUGAAUUUGGGAAGACGAAACAGUUGCGGAGACAGGUGGUGGUUGCAUAGUUGCAUAACAGUGUGAAUGUAUAAAGCCACUGAAUUGUACACUCAGGUGGUUAAAUGGUAGAUUUUAUGUCACAGGUGGCAAACACAAGGCCUGCGGGCCGAAUCUGGCCGUCCACCUUGCUUUAUCCAGCCCAGCACCUUGUUCCUGCCCAGUGGCAGUGCCAAGCUCCUUGCCCCACAUUAAGGAGUAGUUAUAUUUAUGCAGUCCUAAAAGUACAUUCGGCCCUUUGAAGGCAACCGCGAGGCUGAUGUGGCCCCCCCGGGAAAAUGAGUUUGACACCCCUGUUUUAUGUAUAUUUUACUACAAUAAAUUUUUUAAAGUAGUCUAGGAGAAAUGAGGAAAUUUUCUAAAAUGUAGUGGAAUAUAUUUACCAUUUCCUACCCAAAUGUUAUGAAACACAAAGCAUGAUCUUACCAUUGGAAAAGCAUCUGUUAACCCUUUGCUGAACUGCCCCCCUAACUGUUAGGUAAAAGAAGGAAAGGAAAGAUGUAUAUGUUUGGAAUAAAUUCUGCUUCUGAGAUACC